AUGAUGACGUGCCGUCUGCUGUGCGCCCUGUUGGUGCUCGCCCUCUGCUGCUGCCCGUCCGCAUGUGCGGCAGAGACUGCGGGGGUCAAUAAAGUUGAAGUUGAUGGUAAUGACUCCAGUGACUUGUCCCAUACACGUGGAGGAAAACCAGCCACGGCGGCCGGUGAGCAAGGUUCGCCAGUUCCGGUGCUGGUUACUGAACGGCGAAGCGAAGUCGGACAUGGUGGAGGUGCGCCAAAUCCACAACCGCAACCAAGUGCUGCUUCCAAUGAUUUACAAGGAGAAGUUACGAAUGAUAAGAAAAAUACAGAAAGUGGCACGAGUUCGUCCGCAGAACAAAGAAAUAGGAGUGAAGAAGAUUCCCCCCAGAAGACCACGACGACCACGACUACACUAGCACCAACCACGACCACUACGAGCACUACAACCACUACAACAAUGGCACCAAGCACUACGACUACAGAUGCGCCAACCACGACGACAACCCUCACACCGUCACGUCUUCGCGAAAUCGACGGCAGCCUCAGCAGCUCUGCGUGGGUGUGUGCCCCGCUGCUGCUCGCCGUAUCCGCGCUGGCGUACACCACUCCGUGCUGA